UAGAAUUUCCGAUAUCUCUUUUGUGGCGUGUCGUUGACUCGUGUCGUAUACCGAACGGCGGGAAGUCCGCAGUGAUCGGCCGUUCGACCGGCACUCUAUAUUCCUUGACCAUGUGACGGGGCGCUGUAAGGACCGCAUCUGCGGCCUGGCAGGCGUGGAAUUUCGGAGCGGUCUUCAUACCGCAGUUGCAGGAACUACAUAUUUCCUCGCGCUCGCCUUGCCGGUAUUUGAGGAUUGGAUCAUGUGUCUCCUCAUCGCAUUUUGCUGAGCGCUGAAGUACUGCAGGCCUUUCCGUUGUUGCUCUGCAUGCGAUCCCACGCCUACGACAUUCGCUACGAUCGAGAUCCGUUUCUCGCAAAUGCUCAGCAAGCAGAAUACAUGAGUCGCGAUCAGCAUGAGAUCGAAUCUGCUGCGGGAUUAGACGAAGAAACGGGCACUCGCACGCCGUCUUUGCUGUUGGACGACUUCCUCACGACAUCCAAGACCAAUUCGCAGGACGCAUUAACGCCUCCGAGGCCCAUGCAACUGGACGAAAAGACGCUCGAAAGUAUCGCACCCUUUUUGCGCCAGGCCACAGCCAAUGAGAUCAACUUCGGUGUUGGAAAUUCCCGUCCACUGCCUGCGCAAAUCCCGGAUGAACAACAUCCGAGCAGUGAUGAAGAGCAGACGAAAUGUUGGCUCCGUCGGGUGAUAGCAGGUACUGCAAGCAGAUUUGCGAUUCUUGGUCGUGGACACAAAGUGAACGACUGCACUUGCUGGAUGUGUGACUGGCAAGCGUUCACGGAACGCUGCGAAUAUGCCGACCGGCUCGCCGCCGAUUUGGAGGGAGAAGCUGGACGACGCAAUGCAAGAUGACUUUGAAAAAAGGUCGUGUGAGAUCUAGUUCUUUCACAUAUGCGGCAUGCUACUGUAAUUCAGAUCCGGCUGGUACGUAUUCUGGAGAAGCAAUUGGCCAUUCGAAAGGAAAUCCAGCUCGCCCAUGAAGAAAUUGUCCAUGGCCACUCCGUCAUUCCAGUUCCCGGACAUGUCAAACAAGCUCUGGUCGAAUGUCGGUUGG